CGUCGCUACUUCCAUCGCACGACAGAUGCCCUGGUUCUACUCGCUCGGCCGACAACACUGAUUACUUCCUAGUGUGGAAAGGACAGAGGGCUGGAUCCCACACGCUGGCGGCCAGGAAACUCAUGGGCCGCGCUGUGCGGGGAUUUCCCAUCAACAACAAAAGCAAAGCCGGGCCGAGAAUGACGAGGCUAGCACCCCGCCCAAGUGGCAACCCCCAUUCCUCAAUCUCGUAAGACAGACUGCAGGGACACCUGUUCUUUCAUUUCCCAGCACAUGAAUAAACACUUCCUUUCCACUUUCUAUCAGUUUCUGUGGAGAACAGCAACCCUCGCCAGACCCUGCUUCCACUUGGAGUUAUCGUAAAUACACUACAGCAGCCAGCCAUGAUUCAAUUUGCUGCCACCCAGGUGCGAACUUCGGGAGCUGCUCGUGUUUUGUGGGACCGAGUACCGACACACCAUAUACGUGUGAGUGCUGUUCCUUUGCUGCUACUGAGGUUACAAAGGGAGGACAUCAUUUGGCUUCCUGUAGAUUUGCACUCGGGAUCAUCUGUCGGUAGGCCUUUUACCUCUGUGCACUCUGCUGUAGCCAGAGAAGCUGAAGCGAGGGCUGGACCUUCGGGUGCCAGAAGUGAAGUUGCGUCCACGAGCACUGGUGGUACUGGAGGGGUGGUGGGGGUGUUUGUGGGUCUGGCUGUCGCAGGUUUGGGCGGAUAUUACCUCUACGAGACAUGGGGAAAGGGAGGUAAAAACAAAUCCACACUGCCCGGUGAGCAAGGGCUUGGUCAGCCAGGCUUGUGGUCGACGACAGUUGCCCUCCCUCCACCACCUGGAAACAAACAUCUGUCUUCUCCCUUGUUUCCGCCUCUUCCAUCUUCAGGAUCUUACUCACCCCCUGCUGUUCAGCGAGUCUCUGCACGGGACGAGCUUUUGGAGAGACAACAGGCCUUGAAGGUGGAACUGGAGGAAUUGCGGAAGUUGAAGAGGGAUAAGUUCAUUGACCUCAAGAAAAAAGAGGUCAAGGCUGAACUGAAAAUCCUGUCGAACUCCAUUGCAGCUUUGGAUAAGCAAUAAGUGCACUGAGGGUGGUGAAUCGGUCAUGCAUGACCAGGGAUUGUGUUGAUGUCAACUACUGCGAACCGGCAGGUGGUUGCCGAUUAACCCAACUUGGUGGGCUAACAGUUUCGUUUGGUGCCAGCUUUUGAUAACAGUGUGUCAUUCUGUACUGUCAGAGAUCCUGCGAUUUGGUGGUGAGGGAACUCCCGUCACAAUCCUCCUUGCACUCCAACGUUGAGAGUUGCUGAUUAGCGGAGUGGUAGCAGUGAGUUUGAUUGCUUUCUUUCUUGAAAGACGAUAAAUUUAAUCUCCGCUUGCGGUAUUGGGGGUGGGUUGGGAAUUCUGUUUUUGAACUUUUUGUUGAACAUUGACAUCAUGAAUGAGGGUACAACUGCUGACGGCUGGAAUAUCUGCUCGGGACACAAGAGGAACGGGCGUCAGAGGAAAAAGGGUAGUUGGAGGCAGUCAGGGGUGGAUAAUGGUCCAUGGCUCCAUGAUAAUGAAGAUUUGAAGGGUAACGAGUAUCCAGCAAUGGCAACUGCUGCUGCGAAUAGUGUGCCCAGCACUGGGUAUCAGAGGGAGCAGCGGCGGAGGAAAGCAGAGAUAAAUGCAACGAAGGGACUUCCUCCUGAAGUGUUCCGAACUGAGAAGAGCCACCCUACUUGGGGGAAUGUUGUCAAUGGAAAGGUCUCAGGUGAUCUGGCAAAUGGAAGGGAGGAAGUUGGCCGUAAUGGAGUCGAGAGAGCUGUGUGGAGCAUCCGAGAAACGCCAAAGGUAGGGGGAAGUGACUGUGUGCAGAGGCCUUUGUGGAAGGCAGGUGAGAACAACAGGCCAGGGCUGGGUGUGAUGCACAGAGUAGUGAAUGGUGUGAACUACUACUACCCCCGACGAGGUGUGGCUGGAGCAACUGAUCAGAAAGAAUCUCAUUUUGGAGAUAAUUGUGUUGGGCUUUCGGGCUGUGACUCAUCCGAGGCUGAUAGAAGCAAAGGCAAAAUUGGUGUCAUGCCUCCUGCGCCAUGGUCUUGGUCAACCCUGCCACGUCUGUGGCAGCAAUCACCUCCACAGAUAACUGGGACACGUGCACCCGAGCAGUUGUUGAAGGAGACGGCUGCUGGAGAAUGGCCUAGACAACCAUUUGAUUACUAUCUGGUUGUUGACUUUGAAGCUACGUGUGACGAUGUUUCCACGCUGAUACCUCAGGAAAUCAUAGAAUUCCCAUCGGUGCUUCUCAACUCGCGAACCUUGGAGAUUGAGGCUUGCUUCAGGGUAUAUGUGCGGCCGACUGUGCAUCCCACUUUGACAGAGUUCUGCACUAAACUGACAGGCAUUCAGCAGGCAACGGUGGAUGCAGGCUUGUCACUAGGAGAGGCGUUGGUGGCACAUGACCAGUGGCUGCAGGACCGAGGGCUACUCGCUCCAAAAAAACAAUUUCUGAUCGUGACAUGGACAGACUGGGACUGCCAGACCAUGCUUGAGCUAGAAUGUCGCUUGAAGAAAUUGCGCAAGCCAGGGUAUUUCAGUAAUUGGGCGAAUUUGAAGCUACCCUACAGACAGAUUUACGGGCGACCUACUCAGGGCCUUCGUGCAGCAGUAGAAACGGCGGGAUUAGUGUGGGAAGGGUCUGCUCAUUCUGGACUGGAUGACGCAAAGAACACGGCACGGCUCACGGCCGCCUUGAUGAGAAAGGGAAUAGUUCUGUCAGCAACGAAUGGCUUGACAUAUUACCAGUACAUAAAAGCCUUGCAGUUGGUGGAGACAAACAACCAGCGAAAAUCUAGCCAGAUGCGGCGACAGAAAGACGAUGCCAGGCGAGAAGAACAAUCAGAAUUGAAGAAUGGAUCAAGUAAGAGCACAAGGACAGGAGGGGAUGGUCGAUGUAAAGAUGAAAUGCCGACCUCAGGCUCAGCUGGCAGCCCAGUGGAUCCAAUGAAGGCGGUUGCACCUCCUGCAGUUGUCCGCGAUGAUGUCGAAGGGGUAGCAUACAGAGGUCGUAUGUUGUCUCUCUCAAGUGCAGUGGCGAAUGUUGUUAAAGGAAAUGCGGAGGCUGAGGGUGAGGCCAGCAGAGUGGAAAGUGAGGCGGUAGCAGUAAGAUUGAGCACCAGAAGAUGGAGUUGGCUCUCGAUCUUCUUUCUCCUUUCAUGUUUGAUGUUUGCUUGGGUCAUCUGUUGCUGGUUCAUUCGAGGCUUUGGAAGCUACUAGAAGGAAGAGCUCGUUGCUAUCUCGUCAGGUGCCAUCAAAUUCAAUAUGCCUUGCUGUACAGUUGCUAUCCUCUUUCUCUGAUUCCUCCUAUCCUUUGCAGGCCUGCGAUUGCACAGAUGAAGGAGAGUGGAAGUCAAAGAACUUGAAAGAAGUGAUCUGUGUAGGUCCCAUGGAAACAUAAACGAAUGGAGUUUGUUGUCAGGAUUCAUUCUUCUGUCACUUCACAUGUACUCGAGACUUUUCGGCCCUUAUGAGUUGUUUAAGGAGACUAGAAGAUUGUCACUACUUUUCAUGUUCUGGUCAGCUGAUUAAGUUUCAAUAUGCCUGGGUGCACAUCUUACAUUUCUUUCUUCCCAUAAUUAUACUGGGGGCAUGUGAUUGGCUGAUGGUUGGGGUACAGGUGGGGGGAAAGUACACGAGCAAUAAAUUUGACAGGCUCUUGCCAUCAAGAGAGAGAGAGAGAGAGAGAGAGGUGAUGGAUGGUUGUUUGAGUGUUUGCCAUCCUAUUUCUGUUGUUUUUUUGCGUGCUUUGAAAGUCGUUCUGUGUACAAUUUCAGAGGAGAGAAAGGGAUGGUGCACACGUCUGCCACUGCAUUGUUGUUCGUGUCGAAGUCAGUGAUGCUUGUAUAGAAGUUGGUUGAAGUUGCCAACACAGUAAUUGGUAAAGUGUGAACAAUAUGCACAGAAUGACUGAGGCAGAUAAGGCAGGAAUGAAGCUGAAGGGCAAGA